AUGGCUUUGAGUGAGAUCAAUGAUUGGCCAUUCACUUCGUCGCGGCAACAAGACUUGAGCAAGCGCCACCCCUCUAUGGAGCACUAUGAUGUGGAUACCGGUGAAGAGGUCCCACCAGAUAUUUCGGAUCAAUCUGAAGCUCAAAAAAUACAGGAGAAUUUUGGGAAUGGAUUCAAGGAACUAUCUUGCAGCGGUCAAGAUCUAGACUCGCGUUCGACCUACGCAGCAAAUACAGAUGAUGAAGAUGAAUCGGGUAAACAGAAAACGACGCAAGACAUGCCUUCAUACGGUUCAGGCCAUUCCGUAAUCUAUGAUCAUAAGGACGACGUAUCAGUUACAUCGUCUGACAAAGCUCCACUCAUCCACCUUAUCUGUUCUGAGGAGGGCUGUUUCGUUACUGAGUACUCCGAGUUACUUUCCUGGAGCUACAAUGUCCAAGAUAAGAGCAUUGAACAUCGUUUGAGCACCCAGAUGACAACACACUGGACAUCUAUAGUAUUAGACAUUGUCAAGUAUUUGCAAAAUGUCGACACUUGCGACUCAGACCCCAAGGGCGAAACGUCGGACAAGCAACUGGAGAAGUUUGAUGCUGGGCGCGUCCUUUCCCAAGGCGAGGACCUCCCAGACUACCCCAGCUUCGAGAACGACUAC